ACCUGAAUGACCUUUAGUUUAAAGGUCAUGACCAUAAAAGAUCUCAUAUUCCAAGAAACCCUCCUAGAUCCUGAUCUGACCUGACUCUACAGAAAUGUCUGCAACCAGUGUGCCGGUGAUUGACUUCUCCAAUCCGGACCGAGAUGCCAACUCCAAGCUACUAAUGCAGGCUAUGGAAACUGUGGGGUUUGUGUAUCUGGACAAUGUUCCUGGAUUCAAUCGUGAUGUUGAAGAGAAGUUAUUACAGGCUAGCAAGUGGUUCUUUGCCAAACCCCUCGAAGAGAAGAUCAUGGUGUCUUGUAAAAAUUGGAACAAGGACGCAGCUGGUGUGUACAGAGGGUAUAUUCCCAUUAACGUCAAGGAAGGCCAUUUGAGAGAGCAGUACGAAAUGGGGGAAGAGCUUCCUGAAGAUGAUCCAGACCGAAAUUCCGUCAAUUACCUUUACGAACCGACUCCAUUUCCGCCAAGUGAAGAAGAUAGUUUUCGUAAAUUGAUGGUGUCUCACUACUCUGCUAUGGCCAGCACUGGAGUGGAAUUUUUGAAACUCCUCGCAUUAGGGCUUGGACAGGAAGAGAAUUUAUUUGACAAAAAAUUUCUCCCUAAGACUCUGUCAAGCUUGCGCAUUAUGCACUACCCCACAUACGGAGACACACCUCAACCGACAUUCGUUUGCGAAGAGCAUAUAGAUUCAACGUUUGUUACUCUCCUAAUCACAUUCGGAUAUUCGGGCCUGGAAAUUCAGAACGAAAAUGACGAGUGGGUGAAAGUUGCUCCGCGUCCUGGCUCUCUGGUGGUGAACAUCGGAGAUCUCCUGUCUAGAAUGACAAAGAGAAGAUUCAAAGCUACCAAGCAUCGAGUUAGAGACACUGGUGGAGAUCGUUACUCUGUUCCUUUCUUCUUUGAGCCUCGAGCAGAUGCACAAUUCGAGUUUCCCGAAAAAGGAGAUUUAGGAUGGAUAACUUACGGACCAUGGAUCGUGAAGUAUGCUGGGAGAUUCAAGUACCAAUUCGGACAUUUGCCUGAGUAUCCAAAUGUGCCUAUGAUUGGUUAACUUUCAUUCUUGUUGUUGAGUUUUGUGUAUUAUUAGACGUAUGAAAUUGUGAAUGUUAUAGUGCAUGGUCAA